GCGCCACGAGGUUCUCCGAUCCCGGGCGGCGGCGGGCUCGCGCUGGCGCUCGCUCCCGGGGGCCCGGUCCGGAGAGCUUGCGGCCGUGGCUGCGCGCGCGGGCUGGCCUGCCGCGUCCCCGCCCCUAGACGCGCCGGGCUCCCGGGCCACCGCAGCCAUGUGCGCCUUAGGGUCGGGCGCUACCGGCGGCUGGAGCGCUGUGGAGGAUGAGGAGGACAUGCCAGAACUGUCGGACAGCGGUGACGAGGCCGCCUGGGAGGAUGAGGACGAUGCUGACAUUCCCCACGACAAGCCGCAGACCCCCUGCCUGUUCUGUAACAGGUUAUUCACAUCUGCUGAAGAAACAUUUUCACACUGUAAGUCUGAGCAUCAAUUUAAUAUUGAUAACGUGGUUCAUAAACAUGGACUUGAGUUUUAUGGGUACAUUAAGCUAAUAAAUUUCAUUAGACUUAAGAAUCCUACAGUUGAGUAUAUGAAUUCCAUAUACAACCCUGUGCCGUGGGAGAAAGAAUAUUUGAAACCAGUAUUAGAAGAUGACCUUUUACUUCAGUUUGAGGUAGAAGAUCUUUAUGAACCAGCAUCAAUUCCAUUUUCAUACCCCAGUGGACUCAGUGAAAAUACAUCUGUUGUUGAAAAAUUGAAACAUACAGAAGCCAGGGCACUGUCUGCUGAAGCUGCAUUAGCUAGAGCACGUGAGGAUCUUCAAAGAAUGAAACAAUUUGCUCAAGAUUUUGUGAUGAACGCAGAUGUCAGAACCUGCUCGUCAUCCACGAGUGCCAUUGCAGACCUCCAGGAGGAUGAGGAUGGUAUUUAUUUCGGCUCAUACGGGCAUUAUGGAAUACAUGAAGAAAUGCUAAAGGACAAAGUACGAACAGAAAGCUACCGAGAUUUUAUAUACCAAAAUCCACAUAUUUUUAAAGAUAAGGUAGUUUUGGAUGUUGGGUGUGGAACUGGAAUCCUCUCUAUGUUUGCUGCUAAAGCUGGAGCAAGGAAGGUUCUUGGAGUUGAUCAAUCCGAAAUACUUUACCAGGCAAUGGAUAUCGUAAGACUAAAUAAACUUGAAGAGACUAUUAUACUAAUUAAAGGAAAGAUUGAAGAAGUUCGCCUCCCUGUAGAAAAAGUGGAUGUUAUUAUAUCUGAGUGGAUGGGCUAUUUUCUUCUUUUUGAGUCGUUAGAUUCUGUCCUUUAUGCAAAGAACAAAUACUUGGCAAAAGGAGGAUCAGUCUAUCCUGACAUUUGCACUAUCAGCCUUGUAGCAGUGAGUGAUGUGAAUAAACAUGCUGAUAGAAUUACUUUCUGGGAUGAUGUCUAUGGCUUCAAUAUGUCCUGCAUGAAGAAAGCAGUUAUUCCAGAAGCUGUUGUAGAAGUUUUGGAUCCAAAGACUCUCAUUUCAGAACCUUGUAGUAUUAAGCAUAUAGAUUGCCUUAAAGCAUCUAUCUCAGAUUUGGAGUUUUCUUCAGAUUUUUCUCUGAGUAUCACAAAGCCAUCCAUGUGCACGGCAAUUGCUGGCUACUUUGAUAUAUAUUUUGAGAAGAAUUGCCACAACAGGGUUGUGUUUUACGGUCCCGAAAGUACCCAAACACACUGGAAACAAACAGUAUUUCUUUUGGAAAAGCCAUUUUCAAUUAAAGCAGGUGAAGCCUUGAAAGGGAAGAUCACAGUUCACAAGAAUAAGAAAGACCCAGGGUCUCUCAUUGUGACCCUCACGUUGAGUAAUUCAACUCAGACUUAUGGUCUCCAGUGAAAAAAGCCAUGAAAGCACAACUAAUCUGCAGUUUUUAGUGUAGGUA